AAGACGGACGAGAGCGGCAAUCUAAUACGGUGAGUGGCGAGCUCCACCACUGCGAACGCCCUUGCAAGCUGCCCAGCACUUGGUUCUGAUUCCAAUGCAUUCCUUGAUUAUCCACUCGUUGAACGUCAACUGAUGGGAUGCCUCCAACGGCAUCGUCGACCCCAGUUCCGUGAAGGAUUCCGACGGCCAAGUCUCGCCGACAUCCAACGGCGCGCGCCUCGCCCUUUCCCCUUCCUCAAUAAAUUCCAACACGUCGAUCCGUGAACAUGCCAUGAGCGACCUUUUGGAUUAUCGUCGCGACCUAGCGAUCCUCGACCCCGCCGGCGGUCGGUCGUCGCGCAACCAACAGACGAACCCGUCCACCGGCUUUCUGAGCCAUGCCGCGCCCUGGAUGGGCAGCAGCAGCGGUAUUACCUCAGCGCCGCCCUCUUCCAACACCAUGCCCACGACAUUCUACAAUGACUCAACGGAUAACCUAUCCCUAAGCUCCCAACUCUCUCCCGGCAUGCGGACCUCCACUAGCCGCCCAACUCCCGCCGGCAGCACUGACUCGCCCGACGCUGCUUACUUUACCGACGACAGGCGUCCCUCCAUCGCCAGCAUCGCUACCACAGCAAGCAGCCAAGGUUCAAGAGCAAGCGGUACGAGAGGGGGAAUGCGGAAGCUGCAGGGCUUUUUUGGCGAGGAGUUUCCCGGACGAGACUCGUCCGAGGUCAGCCUCUCCCAACCUAACGCCGGAAAGGAGCACCGCUCGCAUUCGUACAGCUACCAUCGGCCGCCGCACAGGGACCGCAACUACUCCAACGCUACCGACCAUGGCAGGGAUGGCUCCCCUUCGUCGCGGCCCCGAACGCCGGUUCCGGCUCCCGAAGUGGUGCCGUUUCUGUACCAAGAAGCCGAUGACAUUGCGCGAUACGGAGAAGCGCCCGUCCGAGACAUCCUCAGUGGCCCUGAUCGCGACCGCUUUGCCACCGAGGGUACCGCGCAGAAUCCGCCGAAAACAUCCGGCUCCGGACGGUCCGGUCACUCAAUUGUGCACCUGCCCGGGCACCAUCACAGACACAACAAGAGCAACGACGACCCCAGGUCGCUACGCCCAUCCGUCAGUAGGGAGGAUUCCACAGCAGCCACGGUCAAGGAGCGCAGUGGCUCGACCGCCAUGUUUGGCCAUAGGUCGCGCGCUCAGAGCCCGGCUCCGAGCGCAAGCAGUAGUUACUUCAGUUCCAAACACUCUGGGCCUGAUGGACAGACAUCACCAGGCCACCACCACAAACGGCGCUUCCUUGGGCGUUUGCGCGGGAGGAAGGAGAAGGACGACGCAGCAGAUCUGAGGAAACUCCCUGGGUCUUUCCAAUCGUUCCAACAUCGGCCAAGCAAGCAUGAUUUUCCGUUCUCUGGCGAAGGCCAGCCGCCCCAGGGCGCCGAAUGGUUAGCCUCGCCCGACGUCCGCGAUACAUACGGAACGCGCCCCGGGUUUGUGCGCGGCGCUACUUUCAACAACAAGUUCCCUUUCUCGUCCAAGAAGACCCGUACGCUCAGACAGCACGACGAUACAGAGGACAAUAUCGGCCCCACCGACAGGCAAGACUCAGGCGGCACCAUGUUCCACCUCGACACAAACCUCAAUGAUAUGGAGGGGAUUCUCAGCAGGCCGUUGCCGUUGACGCCAAUGGACCCGGGCUUCCUGAACGAAAUCGACUUUGACAAGUUGCCGAUCAGGUCCACCGACCCAAGCGGUGCAUGGAAUGCCCCCGACAGCUGGGCGGUCCGCCGUGGGAACGAGGCCUUGACCCAAGCUCCAGAAGCCGACGACAUAGGGAGUCCGCCGAGACCCGAAGAGAAGUUGACCAACUACUGCAUCCGCGUCUUUAGGGCCGACGGCACCUUCGCGACGCUCCAGCUGGCGCUGGACGCAACCGUCUCGGAUCUCAUUUCCCAGAUCGUCAAGAAGUCUUACGUGAUCGACGGCGUCGAGAACUACAACAUCGUCCUGAAGAAGCACGACUUGAUCCGAGUGCUGACUCCCGUCGAACGUCCGCUCCUGAUACAGAAGCGCCUGCUCCAGCAGGUCGGAUACGAGGAUCGAGACAGGAUAGAGGACAUUGGGCGCGAGGACAAUAGCUAUCUCUGUCGCUUCAUGUUUCUGUCGUCGCGGGAGAGCGAUUUUCACGCCAUUGCGCACGAUGUGGGAUUCGGUCGGAUGCAAAAGUACAGCCAUGUCGACAUGUCUGGCCGCAACUUGAGCGCAAUCCCGGUUAUUCUCUACUCCAGAGCCGCCGAGAUCAUUUCUAUCAACCUGUCGAGAAACCUUUCUCUCGACGUGCCGCGCGACUUCAUACAGUCGUGCACAAGCCUGCGUGACAUCAAAUACACCAGCAACGAAGCCCGCAAAUUGCCAGCGAGUUUCGGAUGCGCCAACAAGCUGACGUACUUGGACGUCUCCAAUAAUCGCCUAGAGCGGCUAGAGCACGCUGACCUCGAUAGGCUCACUGGACUACUCAAGCUCAACCUGGCCAACAACCGCCUCAGCCAGCUACCUGCCUACUUUGGCAGCUACACAAUGCUGCGCACAUUGAAUAUUUCGUCGAACUUUCUGGAGAAAUUCCCUGAAUUCCUCUGUAACCUGGAAAGUCUGGUCGACCUGGAUCUUAGUUUCAACCUUAUUUCCGACCUCCCAGACUCGAUCGGGAAGUUAAGGAGCCUUGAGAAGUUUGUCAUCACAAACAACCGACUGACUGGAACUCUUCCCGAAUCCUUCAAAAACCUGAGCAGCCUCCGUGAGCUUGACAUCAAGUACAACACGAUUGCCAGCAUUGAUGUCAUUGCUCAACUUCCGAAGCUAGAGAUUCUCACUGUCGACCACAACUCCGUCUCCCAAUUUGUUGGCACGUUUGACAGGCUCAGAAGUCUCAAGCUGAACUCGAACCCCAUCACCAAAUUUGAGAUCAGGUCGCCCGUCCCGACCCUCAAGCUUCUCAAUUUGUCCAACGCCCAACUGGCCAGCAUUGACGAAUCCUUCAACAACAUGCCAAGCCUCGAGCGGCUGGUUCUGGACAGGAACUACUUUGUUUCGCUGCCGAGCCAGAUAGGCAACCUCAGGAAGCUCGAGCACUUCAGCAUCGCUCACAACUCGGUGCGCCAGCUGCCCCCCGAAAUUGGAUGCCUCACCGAGCUUCGGGUAUUGGACGUCCGCGGAAACAACAUCCGCAAGCUUCCCAUGGAAUUGUGGUGGGCAAACAAGCUCGAAACCCUUAACGCGUCAUCCAAUAUUUUGGACCACUUUCCGAAGCAUGCCUCUCGGGCGCCGCAGCCUCCUGAAGACCCGAGUAGCACAAGCACCUCCCUCAGCAGCAAGUUCUCAGGGACGACGCGCGCUCUCUCCCCAAUGCCGAGCGUCGAGGAGCUCAACGGCGAUGCGUCCAGGCGCCCAAGCCAAGCUUCCAGCACGCUUCUCAGCGUCGGUCCGUCGCCUGUCCCGGGAGGUGGCGAUAGAAAGGGCUCCAUGGUUUCGCUGUAUGGAAAAGGAGGCCGGAAAACGUCUGUGGUGUCGCGGAGCACACAGAGCAGCACCGCGACGACGGGGCCCGGCCUGCGGAAGGAUUCUGGCCUCACAGCGAUUCUGACCAACACCUUUGCUGGCUCCCUUAGGAAUCUGUAUCUCGCAGAUAACCAGCUGGAUGACGACGUGUUUGACCAGAUUACCCUUCUCUCUGAGCUUCGCGUUCUAAAUAUCUCAUACAACGAGCUGAGCGACAUGCCGCAGCGCUCCAUUAAGAACUGGCCGCAGCUGACCGAGUUGUACCUUUCCGGCAAUGAACUCACGAGCCUCCCUGCUGAUGACUUGGAAGACUACUCGCUUUUGCAAACGCUGCACAUCAACAACAACAAGUUUACGAACCUGCCGGCCGAUAUCUCGCGGGCGAGGAGGCUAGCCGUGCUGGAUUGCGGCAGCAACUCGCUCAAAUACAACAUUGCCAAUGUGCCCUACGAUUGGAACUGGAAUCUCAACCCCAAUCUGAGGUAUCUCAACCUCUCAGGUAACAGACGCCUCGAGAUCAAGCAGAGCUUUCCCGGCGGGGUCGGCCAGAACCGCGAGCAAUACACUGAUUUUAGUCGCCUUGCCAAUCUCCGCGUCCUGGGCCUUAUAGAUGUGACUCUCACCCAGCCCAGCAUUCCCGACCAAAGCGAGGAUCGCCGUGUCAGAACCUCCAGCUCGCUAGCGGGAUACAUGCCUUAUGGCAUGGCCGACACGCUCGGCAAGAACGAACAUCUCUCCACCAUCGAUCUCGUGGUCCCCCGCUUCAACUCGUCCGAUUCGGAGACCCUCCUAGGCUUGUUUGAUGGCCACGCAUCCAGCAGCGGCGGUUCCAAGAUUGCCAAGUACCUCCACGAGAAUUUCUGUCAUAUCUUUGCCCAUGAAUUGAGGGAGCUGAGAACGAACGUCGGCGAGAAUCCGCAGGACGCUUUGAGGCGUGCCUUCUUGGCACUGAACAAAGACCUGGUCACUGCGGCCAUCCAACACACCGAAGAUAGGUCGCUCAUGACGCACCGCGGAUCGCAAGCUCCGCUGGUUCUUAGCAAAGAAGACCUCAACUCCGGGAGUGUGGCCACCGUCGUCUACAUUGAUGAGCAGGAGCUGUACGUUGCCAACGUGGGGGAUGUGCAAGCCAUGCUCAUCCAGACCGACGGCCAAUCCAAGAUGCUCACCAAGAAGCACGACCCGGCGGACCCUCCUGAGCGCUCCCGCAUCCGGGAUGCUGGCGGCUAUGUGUCACGCCAAGGGCGCCUGAACGAAGCUCUUGCUGUGUCCCGGGCUUUUGGGUACGUGGACUGGAUGCCUGCGGUGCAAGCAGCGCCUCACAUCAAACACCACACGAUUGGAGACCAGGACGAGACGAUCCUCAUCGCUACCAGAGAGGUGUGGGAGUACUUGACGCCGGAGCUCGUCGUUGAUGUUGCCCGCUCCGUGCGGGGCGACUUGAUGCGAGCUGCUCAAAAGAUUCGCGAUCUCGCAAUGGCCUACGGCUCCAAGGACAGAAUUAUGGUCAUGAUGCUCAGCGUUGCGGACCUCAAGCGACGGCGCGAGCGGUCGCGGAUGCAUCGGGGCCAGAGCAUGUCGUGGUUCAAUUUCCCUCAGGACGACACUGGCCUCCCGGUUGCGACACGCCGAGGCAGAAAGGCCAAGGCGGAGGGCCCACUUGAUUCGACCCUGCAGCGACUCGAGGCCGAGGUGCCGGCGCCGACAGGCAUGAUUGCGAUCGUCUUCACCGACAUCAAGAACUCGACGCAGCUUUGGGAAACCUACCCCGAGGCUAUGAGGUCGGCCAUCAAGCUGCACAACGAAGUCAUGCGUCGACAGCUCAGACGCAUCGGCGGGUUCGAAGUCAAGACGGAAGGCGAUGCCUUCAUGGUGUCGUUCCCCACCGCCACCUCGGCGCUCUUGUGGUGCUUCGCCGUCCAGACACAGCUUUUGACGGUCAACUGGCCCAACGAGAUGCUCAACUCGAUCAGCUGCCAGCCGAUGUUUGACAGGGACAACAAGCUCAUCUUCAGGGGCCUGUCGGUGCGGAUGGGCAUCCACUGGGGCGAGCCGCUCGCCGAGAUGGACCCGGUGACGCGUCGCAUGGACUACUACGGUCCGAUGGUCAACAAGGCCAGCCGGAUCUCGGCCUGCGCCGACGGCGGACAGAUCACCGUGUCCUCGGACUUCAUCAUGGAGAUCCAGCGCUGCCUGGAGACCUACCAGGAAUCGGGGACUCCGGCUGAAGACACAUUUGACGAUGACAACUUUGCACGCGCCAUCCGCAACGAGCUGCGCUCCCUGAGCAGCCAAGGGUUUGAAGUCAAAGACAUGGGCGAGAAGAAGCUCAAGGGCCUCGAGAACCCGGAGUACAUCUACUCGCUCUAUCCGCACGCUCUCGCGGGCCGGAUCGACCAGCACAACCUCCACGAGCAGCAACAGUCGAACUCGGCCGACAAGCCCGCUACUCUCAGCCCGGACAGCCAGCUGGCCAUCAACCCGGACGAUGUGUGGGGCCUGUGGCACGUCGCGCUGCGGCUCGAGAUGCUGUGCAGCACGCUCGAAGACGAGGGGAACCGCGGACUGCAUCCGCCCGAGACGGAGCUCUUGGAGCGGAUGAGGAAGCGCGGCGGGGAGGUGACGGAGCGGUUUUUGAUCAACUUUAUGGAGCACCAAGUGAGCCGGAUCGAGACGUGCAUCUCGACCCUCGCCGUCCGCCAUCUCGCCAUCACCAACGACCCUGCCAGACAGCUCAGCGGCCUGCGCGCGCCCAUGGCCGACGUGCUGGGGACGCUGGCGGAGCGGCUCGCCCUCCUGCAGCGGUACGAGGCCCGCUUUGGACCGCUCGAUAGCGAUGUCGCCGGCGCUUCGUCGUUGUCGGGCAUCACCUCUAGUGUGCCGACGUCUUCGACUACGCAGCAGCUGCUGCCGUAUUUCAAUGGCGGGCUGCAGGUGACGAUACCGCAGGCUGCUGCGUCUUUGGGCUCGGGCCCGGGCUUUGCCUUGGUUGAUUCCGGGGUUAAUACGCCCGAGUCGUCGCCUUACUAGUGGCUGUAAAGUAUACACCCGCAAGCGUGUUUUUGCUUUCGGUUUCAUCUUUUAGUGCCCUUCUCUUUUCCUUUCUCCUUAUGAUGGGAUAUACUUCUCGUCUCACUUUCCCCCACGCCCAAUCCUUGAACGCCUUCCUAUAUAUACUCCUUCGCUCUACUACAUUUCUGGUCGAGCGUUGGUGACGUUUGAGCACGGCCUCUUCUCUCUCUUGUUCUCAAGUGUUCGCCAGGAAGUUUGUUGAUGUUGCUUGAUGAAAGGAAAAGGGUUGUUGUUCGAUUGCAUUUUCAUGUUUCGGGUUGGUCUGGUUCAUGACCUUAUUCAACAGCAUUU